CAACACUCAAGAUUGCGAACCUAUUCAAUGUAAAACAAGUCGAUGAGAGACGGCCUUGGCUUGAGGCGAUUUCCAGUGAUCUUGCGAUUGUGAACACGUGACCGUUUCCAGCGCCCACUUGGUUCCCACAUAGUCCCUAGACUGAGAGUUCCUCUCGUCACUGGCUUGAGCUCCCGACUCUCGUCCGUGCGAAAAUUCAAUGAGAUAUCACGGUGCCCCGCGCUGGAACGAGCUUCGCGAGCGGAUUGGCUCCGAAGCUGGCACGUUCCAGCUUGUCCUCGAUUGCCCCACACCCCAUGCGUGUCGCUGUCACUUGGUUGGCCGUGUUGGUGUCGGACGCUGCCGCCGCCCCGCUCACGAGCAGCUUCUCGGCUGGGCUGCUGGGCGUGCUCUCCAGCAAGCCGAAGCUGAUCUUUGGAGCCAAGAAGACGUUCAAAGGGGAGGACGUCGACUGGGGCCCACAACAGGACGUCAACACCUCCCAUGCGCAUAGUGUCGUGUUGGACAACGAGCGUCCCGACUUCGUAGACUUGCUUACCGGCGAGAACCUCUCUAAGGAGAACGCGACCAAGUACCUGGACCAGGUUUGGGCGCCUACUGUGGAGAGGAGCAUCCCAUUUGCGUCUAUCCACGGGAACCACGACAACUCGGUCAACAUCGCACACGAGGAGGAGAUCAACUACGAGAUUGCCCAACACGGCAAGACACUGUCGUACACCCGGUCGGAUGUCGGACCCCGCCCGUAUGGCUUGGCCAACUACUGGGUCCCUGUGUAUGCCAAAGCAUCGGAUGUCAAGCCCGCGGUGGUGCUGUGGUUCUUCGACUCUCGGUCGUUCGUCACUGGAGAAGCUGGGCCUGUUCUCGACGCAGCGGAUUACUAUUGGGUUGAUGAAAACACUGUGCCGACCUACAUCGAGCAGCAAAGCGCUCUGAUGGAACGUGUGGUUUUUGUCCAUAUCCCCGUGCAAAACGCCGACCAUUUGGCUCCUCUGCCUAGCGCAGGAGAUCACGACGAUGAACCCGACCCCUCGGCGCAAGGAUUUCUCAACAACGUGUACACUGGCCUCGAUCUCCCUUUCUGGAACGCCGUCGUCAGCCAUCUCAACGGUGGACCGUACGGUGGGAACGUUCUGGCAGUCACUUCCGGCCAUGACCAUGGAGAAUCGUGAUGUGCUCGUUCCACCGAUUCGUCGGGCAUCCCGAUCUGCUUCAACGGGCAUUCUGGAUACGGCGGGUACGCUACUACGCACAGCCAGGUUCGGAAUGGACGUGCGUUCGAGUUGAAGCUGAGUGGUCUGGUGAAGAAGUCGCCCACGGUCAGAUCGUGGAACAGCUAUGAGGACUCGACGGCGAAUGAACAUGUCAUCCUGGGACCGCACUGCAUGCCGCAGUACAAUGAUUUCACGCGUUAACCUCAAGAAUGAAACCAAGCUGUAGUUGUAGUAGACACAAUGCCGAUCAUGAUUGCCAGGUCUUUCACACUGAUUCUAGGAGACAAACGAAGCCUCAAUCCUCGGCUUCAUCAUCCCGCUCUUCCAGCUCGGGGGUCUCAUCAUCAGCUUCCUGACGCUUGGUGACGACGUCACUGUCGGCAUCUCCUUCGUCGUCUUCGCUCCUCUUCGAUUCGGAUGUGUCCUCAUCGGUCCCUUCGGCAGCCUCGGCGUCACCUGCGUCCUCCGUGGCUUCAUCGUCGUCCCGCUUGUCAAAGAUCUCGCCCUCAUCUCCUUCGUCCCGCUUCCUUGCCUCGCCCUCGCCCUCGCCCUCGCCCUCGCCCUCGUCGUUGUCCCGCUUCUCGGCAACUGUUUCUUCAUCCUGUCCGUCGUCGUCCCCCCGCUUCGUUUCCUGUUCCUCUCCAUCUCCGCAAUCCUCCUCAUGUCGCUUUGAGACCUGACUCAACCCCGCAUCCGCAUCCCCGCUUUCCUGCCCCUGUUUCACCUCGUCCUGGAACUCGACGAUCCACUUUUUCAGCCAGUCGUUCGUGAGCUCUGACGUCCCGCUGUCGGCCAUCUUCUUCUCGACGGCGGGAACGGUUUUGAGGCUGUCGAGCGUGUCCUGCGAGAGGUCGAUGUUGCUCGCAUUGACUGCGAGGAGGAAGCCGCGGCGCUCGGCUGGAGUGGCGUCCUGGUACGAGGCGAGGCUGAAGUCGCGGCGCUGUGUGGGACGUUGAGUAAGCCUGGUUUAUGUAGGGAUUGACGCUCACCGAGAUGGGCUUUGCGUGA